AUUAGGCUGCGGACUCUAAAAGGGGAGGGGAUAAGAAAAGGAGUUGGUAAAUGUAACGUGGGACAUUGGCGUCUUUCAUUUGUCCUUCACUACCUCAUUUGCUCUGCCUAUCAAUAACUUGCAAUUUCAUUCUCAUUUUUUUCGCUUUUCAUUUGUUGCACACAGUUCACACAUUAACUGAAAUGGAGAGUGAAUUGAAGCCAAUGGAUGCAGAGCAACUGAGAGAGUAUGGUCAUAAAAUGGUGGAUUUCAUUGCUGAUUAUUACAAAAACAUUGAGAACUUCCCUGUUCUAAGUCAAGUUCAGCCAGGUUAUCUUCGUAAGCUUUUGCCUGAAACAGCACCUGCUCAUUCUGAGACAUUGCAAGACGUUCUUGAAGAUGUUCAAACAAAAAUAUUACCAGGGGUGACCCACUGGCAGAGUCCAGAUUACUUUGCAUAUUUUCCUUCAAAUAGUAGUGUGGCUGGAUUUUUGGGUGAAAUGCUCAGUGCCGGGAUUAACAUGGUGGGCUUUAGUUGGAUAACUUCUCCAGCAGCGACAGAACUUGAAAUGAUCGUUCUGGAUUGGCUUGCUAAAGCACUCAAGUUGCCUGAUGAAUUCCUUUCAACAGGUCAAGGAGGUGGAGUCAUACAGGGAACAGCAAGUGAAGCUGUUCUAGUUGUGCUUUUAGCUGCUCGGGACAAGGUUCUGAGAAGAGUCGGAAAAGAUGCAAUUGGCAAACUUGUCGUCUAUUGUUCUGAUCAAACUCAUUCUUCUUUACAGAAAGCUUGCCAGAUAGGAGGAAUCCAUCCUGAGAACUUUCGGAUGCUGAAAGCAGACCCAUCCAGGGAUUACGCUCUUUCUCCUGAUACACUUUCAGAAGCUGUAUCAAAUGACAUGGCCACUGGUUUAAUACCCUUCUUCUUUUGUGCUACUAUUGGUACAACAUCUUCCACUGCUGUGGAUCCUUUGCUUGCCCUGGGAAAGAUUGCCAAGAGUAAUAGCAUGUGGUUUCAUGUGGAUGCUGCCUAUGCUGGAAGUGCAUGUAUCUGUCCGGAAUACCGGCACUUUAUCAAUGGUGUAGAAGAAGUUGAUUCUUUCAACAUGAAUGCACAUAAGUGGUUCCUGACAAACUUUGAUUGUUCAGCUCUCUGGGUCAAGGACCGGGGUGCACUCAUCCAGUCACUGUCAACAAAUCCUGAAUAUCUCAAAAACAAAGCCUCUCAAGGAAACUUGGUUGUGGAUUACAAAGAUUGGCAAAUUCCUCUUGGACGCAGGUUCAGAUCAUUGAAGCUGUGGAUGGUAUUGAGACUCUAUGGGCUGGAAAAGCUUCAAGCUUACAUAAGAAACCACAUAGAACUAGCAAAGCUAUUCGAGGAACUCGUUGCUCAAGACCAGAGGUUUGAGAUUGUCACCCCUCGGAAGUUCUCAUUGGUUUGUUUUCGCCUACUUCCACCCCCGAGUAAUGAAGAUUAUGCCAACAAACUGAACCAUGACCUGCUAGAUUCUGUCAACUCAACUGGGAAACUAUUUAUUUCUCACACGAUUCUUUCAGAUAGAUACAUACUGCGUUUUGCAGUAGGGGCUCCACUGACAGAAGAGAGGCACAUUGUUACAGCUUGGAAAGUUUUACAAGAUGAGGCUGCUAUACUGUUAAGUAAAUGUUAAUAGCAUGUAUGCAUAUCUUUGUAUAAAGGGUGGAGAGAGGAAGAGGAGGAGGAAUAAAGAAAUGGCAAAAAACGACAAUGCAGAAAGUUAAAGUAGAGGUAAUGGGCACAUCCACAGAAUCCACUUUCAUGUGUACAAAACUUGGUUCCAUAAUUUGCAGAAAGUGGAAACCAACUUGUCUUGGCAAUCUUCGGUGUUUGCAUGUUAUUUUUUAUCCUGACACAACAAAGUAUUCACUAGUAGUGGCACAUACACAAAAUUAUAUAAGCAAAUGAGAUUUUCCUAAGGAGAGAAGGUGUAAAUUUAUUGCCAAGCAUACAAUGGACAGGAAAUACAUAUAUACAAGUUCUGAAGGAUGAAAUGUCAAUUGUCUGUACGGCAAAUUUAGAGGA